GCAUCGUAUCUUCUCAACCACCGUGGCCAAAUUUUUCUCGGCCCGCGGGCUGUCUUAGAAAAAUAGACUGGUUUUUUUUUUCAGGUGUUCAAGCAUUAGUCGACAAGCUAAAAGCAUGCUCCUAAAUAUCGCAGGAAACUUUCCGAUAUAUCUUGGACGUCGACGCGUGCAUCAGCGGCACGCGAAGAAUUUGGCGUUAGAUAUCGGAAGAAGCCAUCGGACGGCUGCUGUCUCCAUAUUUACCUCCGUCUCCGGUAAGCCGCGGUCCGUCCUUGUUAGCUUCCGCUAGAUGAUUACUCGAACCCUCCUUAUUUCCCCUCUUCUCCUGAUCCUUGUCGGGGGAUUCGAUCUCAGCUGGUAGCAAACCCUAUUACGCAAAUCCUUCUAACCCUAGUUUCCAGCUCUUUAACAUCGUUUCUCUCAUUUCGAUAUCCGCGAAUCUUGAUCCGAUGUAUUUUUCCUUAUUGGAGAGUUCUUGAGUGCAUGAUCCAUCAUAAUAAUCCGAAAGCGCAGUUCUUGAGUAUCUCUGAAAUGGGACUGUAUUCGCAUUAGAUUCUACCGAGCUUCUGUAGUUGUUUGGAUCCGAUCUGAGAAGUGCUGUCUGGCUAGAAUAGUUCUCUGCAUUCAUGCCUGAUCCAAAGGAAGUUUUUUUAAACCUGGACCGCUAUAAGUUUAUGUGAUCGAUGGGCUUUUAAUCUCAUUUCAGAAUCUGGGAGUUGAGUUUUACUCAUUUCUGUGAUUUGGGUUUCUUUCGGAUUUCUCCGAUACUAAGUAGGGAGGCUGAUCAUGGAUGGUAACAAGGAUGAGGCUGUGAGAUGUGUCAAACUAGCCGAAUCGGCUCUGGCAUCCGGUGAUAAGCAGCGGGCGUUUAAAUUUAUCAGAAUUGCUCGGAGGUUAGACCAUAAUCUGGUUCUCGAUGACCUCUUGGCUGCUUGUGAGAAGCUGGACAGCUCUAAUUCCACUGCCCGUGAAGAGGAAAUAGCUGUGGAUCAAGCCCACAAUGAUCGGAAUUCCUCUAAUGCAUCAGAGGCUUCAAAUGGAGAUCGAAAUUACACUGAAGAGCAUGUUACAGUGAUCAGAGAGAUCAAGAGGAACAAGGAUUAUUAUGCAAUUCUUGGGGUGGAGAAGAGUUGCUCGGUCGAGGAAAUUAGGAAGGCCUAUAGGAAGCUGUCUCUCAAGGUUCAUCCUGACAAGAACAAGGCCCCAGGAGCAGAGGAGGCGUUCAAGGCUGUUUGCAAAGCUUUCAAGUGCUUGAGUGACGAAGAGUCGAGGCGGCACUAUGAUCAAACGGGGAUUGUUGAAGGAUCUGAUUUCAACCAGCAAUAUAGUAAUAUGAGGAGGAGGAGGAGAAGGGCAAGCAGAAAUGACUUCUUUGAUGAGAAUUUUGAUCCCGACGAAAUCUUCAGGUCCUUCUUUGGCUCUCAGGGUGAUGUAUUCCGUGCCCAACGAGUUUAUAGGACAAGAGAGAUGGGACCGAGGGGCAGGCAACAAAGGGAUGUUCAGGGAGGAGGGAAUAAUUUCAUAUUUUUACUUCAGUUAUCUCCCAUCUUGCUUUUCUUCUUGCUUGCAUUCUUUCCUUUUCCAGACCCGCAAUUCUCACUACAGAAGAAUUAUACCUAUCAGAUCCCUAAGGUUACAAAGAAACAUGGAGUGGAGUAUUUUGUCAAGUCGGAAGAUUUUGAUCAGAGGUUCCCAGAAGGAAGUCCUGCUAGAGAAGAUCUUGAACAUAAUGUUUUGAGGGACUAUAAAAGUGUACUUGGGCGACUCUGUCACGUGGAACUGCAGAGGCGAACCUGGGUGAGAACUUAUCCGACACCUCAUUGUGAUAAGCUACGGAGUCUUGGAGUGUCCUGAAAAUGUUAUUGAGGUUCGGAAAGGACAGCCUAGGUGUUGUCAACUUGGAAAUAACAAAAGCUUCCAUACUUUCAGUUCUACUCUAAAUGUAAGAGAUGCAUCAUGCAGCUGAUAUUGAAGACAGUUUAGAAGUAUCGCGUUUCAUUAUUUUCCAGAGGUUAUCGCAAGGCAAAAUUACAGGUAAGGUAAUCAAUGGCUUAGAAUUCUUGUAGUGCUUGAGGAAAAGCUGGUUUUUUGACAUGGGAACUGUAUCGAUACAUUCUAGGUGUCAGACCUUCAUAGUUAAUGAGAUAUGCCUCCCAGAAUAAGACUGUAGGUACUUAAAAAGAGUAGUUUUCUACAUGACGGGAAGAUCUUUAGAGAUCUAGAUGCUUGCUACUAAAGAUCAAAUUGUCUGCAAAGCCAAUUACGUUUUGAAUGUUAUCUGUGUGAAUUUUCUGUGGUCCAUGAUAAUUAACUGGAGCUGCUGUAUCUGUAGUUGUUGUCUCAAAGUUGGGAUCUUUCUUUUUCAACAGCAUAUUAUCAUUUCAACAGUUUUAUGUGUAUGACAGGAGACCUUGCUUCUCACUCUCUUGAGCAGUCUGUCUAAUCCUUCACUAGUUUGGGAUUCAUGUGGGAAAAGGAUUCAUGUUUCCGACCCCAACCAGCAUGUGAUUAAGGUUUAGUUGAGUUGAGUUGUAAGCUUUCAUUACAUUGUCAUCAAUAUGGAAACUUUUGAUCCUUUCUUUUGUUCUAUGUCAGUGAAUGAUUUUUAUUUUAAGCUUCGAUUAAGAUGGGGGCAAUGACCAUCAUCAUCCAAAUGCACUGGAACUUGUCUGCUGCUGGCAACUUUUUGCAUGCUGUAUUUGAAUUGGCUUAAAUUGAAUAGUUAUUUGUUGAA